AUGUCAGGGGACGGCAUACGAAGAAGGACACUGGCUCGUUUCAGUGCCGCCGAUAAUGGGUCACAGGAGACCCAUUCCGGCGCAAACUCAAAUAAUACCACGAAAAGAGAAAGUCAAACAUCACCAUUACCAUCUUCCAAGAGGCGAAAAGUCGAUAUCAGGUCGAAAGAAGAUCGAUUAGCCGCCGUUUUGAGUGAGUUCACGGAGGCGGUCAAUGAGCUAUAUCAACUUUGCGACUACCGAAGUAUAGUGAGCUGGCGACCAAGUGAGUUUUCCAAGUCAUGCACAAAGGGUGUGCCGGAGUCGUUUACAAAGUUUUGUGACGAUGGCGAUUACAAGAUGAAAUGGGAUGCAGAGAUAGAAAACGACGAGGAGCUCAAAGUUCUACCGUUUCGAUUCCAGAAGAAAAGACUACAAGAGAGAGAUGACAGACUAAAUGAACUUUAUCCGUUCCGGACUGUUGUCCUAGAAAAGCACGCCCAAAUAGAGAUGGAGCGGUUUACCAAACAGCCUGAUUUGAAAACUGCAGCCAGUAAUAAACCACCAAAGCAAACCAAGCUAGAGACCAAAACGGCGCCCUCGAUCCCAACUAAAAGCCGACAGCGACAAACCCAAACUGAAUCAAAGACACAGACACAAACACAAACACAAACACAGGCGCAACCCGAGACAAAGACCCAGACCCAGACUCAGACCCUGAGUCAAACCAAGAGCAAGACCAAGAAGCAAAUAAAUAAACAACCCGACAUCAAGAGGCCACUGGAAGAUCUGGCUGAGAUUUCCGAAAACGAAGACAAACUUGAAAAUUCUGAAGACGACGAAAUCGAGCUCAUCAAUGAACCCAAAAGUCGUACCCGGUUGAACAAAAGAGUGAAACUGGUCACAACAAGUAUACCUGGUCUUUUGAUUACACACCCAUCGCACGUGCCCGGGUGGCAGCCACAGCCUUCUGAACUGAUGGAAGUUGAACCUUCACGGAGCCAGCCGGAGCCGCAAAUCAAACCAUUUGAACCUCAGUGUAUUCGAAUAAAAAUGGAACAGGGGAAACAAGUGGAAAUAGCUCCGGAGCUAAGCAACAAGCUUCGAUUGUUCUUGGAAGAGCGCUACAGGACGCCAAUCAUUGACGAGGCUAAUGCUCUCGACUACAACUAUACAAAGCCAGAAUUUGAUGACAUCAAUCAACAGCAACAGCAGAUGUUUCGGGACAUAUACAACAAGAUAAACCGCGACAACACGUUGGAGUUUAUCAACAACAAGGUGGAAAGAAGAAAAAUCUUGUUACCUCCAACAUCAACUGUCAAACUCAGUGACCCCUUUCGAGACACCACGUCGAUUACUCCCAAAUUGCAAGGAACUAGUAACAACUUGACACACCAGGACCAUCUUCUUGCACAAGCAGUAUCCUUUUCUCGAAUCCACAAUCAGAUGAGAAGACAACACAUCAAUCGAUCGAGAAAGGUUGCAUUGAUGGUUGAACAGCAUUUUAAAAAGAAAAAGGGAGAAAAGGACAGAAUCAAUAGGGAAAGAGAUAUGAAUUUGAGGAAAUUGAGUAGAGCGGUUAUGCAAGCAAUUAAGAAAAGGUGGGCCGAGGCGUUUAAGGUUUACCAGAUUAUCCAAAACGAAAAAAUCGAGGAAAUGAAGCAGUUGAAAGGGCGGGAACACUUGAGCCAAAUGUUGGAGCAUUCGACCCAGCUUCUCGAAGCGCAAUGGACGUCAUCUAAAGAAGACGAGACUGAGAACGACACUUUUCAUGAACAUGAACUUGAGGGCGAUGACUCGGAUCAAUUUUCAACUACAUCGGAGGAAGAAGAGGAUGAUGAAGAAGAGGAAAAAGAAUUUGCAACAGGGCAACCUUCAAAUGGAUCCAACCGGCUGAAACAUGCUGGUGCAGACAAGAAUGAUAUUAAUUUAUCGAUUGAAGAGUUGAAAAAGAAAUAUGCCGACUUGGGAAGUCCCGCAGAACUUACCACGAUGAACAAUGGAAAGGCUCAUGAGCAUGAUCAGGAAGUAGAAAGUGAAGAAAUAAGUGGUGUUAGUAGUCACGAUGACCAAACUCCGAAUGCCAAAAAAGGCACAAUCUCACCUGCUGAAAACGAGUCUGUUGAACCUAUUGUAUCCAAUGGUCAAGCAAAGGAACUAGAGGAGGAGCAACAAAAGUCAGCACAAAGGAUCGACUUUGAUGAACAUCUCGAAGGGUCGCUUUUGGGUUCUGAUCAAAGCAGUUCUAUGACUGGAUCUAGCUCAGACGAGGAUGAUGAUGACGACGAAGAUGAAGAUGAAAAUGAGAAUGAGAAUGAGAAUGAGAAUGAGAAUGAGGAGCUGGAUGACCAGAACGGCUCAGAUGACGACGGAACUCGUGACGACAAUUCGAGUACCAUCAACAUGGGCGGCGGUUUAGCCAGCUUGUUUGCGGACAACAUGGAUGACUCUGAAAGUGACCAAGAUGUUGAAAUGGAAAGCUCCGAUUCUGGUUCCGGUGCUGAUAGUGACGACGAGUCCAUCUUUUCCGGCGAAGAAAAAGUAUUUACAAACGGGCAGGUGCGUAAAAACAACCAUGAAGCGGACAAUUUGGAACCUGCAGUCGAGCAUCAGGACGAGGAAACUCCCGACACUAGAUCGGAUGAGGAGGAGGCGGUUGAGAUGGUCAAUGGAUCCAAGGUGCGGGAUGUUCCCGUGCCAGAACUCUUAAGAGGCACGUUGAGACCGUACCAAAAGCAAGGUCUCAACUGGUUAGCAAGCCUUUACAAUAACAGCACCAAUGGGAUAUUGGCGGAUGAAAUGGGGUUGGGGAAAACCAUUCAAACUAUAUCUUUACUUUCGUACUUGGCAUGUGAGCACCAUAUAUGGGGACCUCAUUUGAUUGUGGUGCCGACAUCUGUCAUGUUGAACUGGGAUAUGGAAUUCAAAAAAUUUGCGCCUGGACUCAAGGUUUUGACUUAUUACGGAUCGCCUCAGCAAAGAGCGCAAAAGAGGAAAGGCUGGUUCAAGCCCGAUGCCUUCCACGUUUGCAUCACCUCGUACCAACUCGUGGUGCAAGAUCAACAGGCUUUCAAGAGGAGACAGUGGCGUUAUAUGAUUCUCGAUGAGGCUCACAAUAUAAAAAACUUUAGAUCAACAAGAUGGAGAGCAUUGCUCAACUUCAACACCGAAAACAGGUUGCUCCUCACGGGUACACCGUUGCAGAACAAUUUGAUGGAGUUGUGGUCCUUGCUUUAUUUCUUGAUGCCCUCGUCCAAAGCAAAUAUGUCGAUGCCUGAGGGUUUUACGAAUUUGGAAGAUUUCCAGCAAUGGUUCGGAAAGCCAGUUGACAAAAUUUUGGAGCAAGCAAGUUUGGCGUCUGGCUCCAACAUUGUGGAUGACAAUGAAAAGACCACUCAGGUAAUGGACGAAGAAACGAGAAACACGGUGGCGAGACUACACCAGGUGUUGAGACCCUACAUUUUGCGGAGAUUGAAGAAGGACGUGGAGAAGCAAAUGCCGGGCAAAUACGAGCACAUUGUUUAUUGCCGAUUGUCGAAAAGACAGCGGUACUUGUAUGAUGAUUUCAUGUCACGCGCCAAGACCAAGGAGACGUUGGCCUCGGGUAAUUUUUUGUCAAUCAUCAACUGCUUAAUGCAGUUGAGGAAAGUUUGUAACCAUCCGGACCUAUUUGAAGUGAGGCCCAUUGUCACAUCAUUUGCAAUGCCCCGAGCGGUCUCGCUGCAGUACCAGUUGAUUGGUGAUGUAGUUCAAAACUUAACCAAAAGUGGAGGAAAUGGCCAAGUGGAUCGCAGUGUUUUGAAUUUGGAUUUGACAGCUAACGAGCAUCUCAAUUAUUUUGUUUGUGAGUCCACAAAGAGACUAGUGUCUCUGGAACAGAUGAGGAAGCAAGUGCGAGGGUUUGACACUCUCCUUGGCGAAAACAACGACGAUCAGCAACAUCACCACCACCACCACCACCACCACCAAGUGGAGACUAAUGAUUACUUGCAGUAUUAUCGACUUUUGAAACGAGAGCAGCAAAAUGAAGUUAAGGAAAAGCUACAGCACGCGUCGUAUCUCAAUGAUUUGCGAUGCAGCAAAAGGCCAAUAUACGGGGAAGCUUUGUUAAAGAGGCUCAAUAUAAGGAGAAAUAAAAAAUUGCAUCUGGGUUUAGACUUGGGUUUAUUUGAAGAGCUUUGCAUCUCAGUCUCGAAACGAGCUGAGCUCAUGUCGGAUGCGAUUGACAAAUUCUCCAUAGUGACCCCUUCUGUGGUGGCGUUGGACAUGAAGGACCAACUCAUCCCCAAAUCGACACAGUAUAGACUAAGCAAAGAAAUUGCAACUCGAGAGAUUCAGAACCCGUUCCACAAGUCUCAAGUGAAAUUGUCGAUAGCGUUUCCGGACAAGACCCUAUUGCAGUACGAUUGUGGGAAAUUGCAAAAAUUGGCUACUCUUUUGCGAGACUUGACCGCCGAGGGACACCGGGCUUUGAUUUUCACGCAAAUGACCAAGGUGUUGGAUAUUUUGGAGCAGUUUUUGAACAUCCAUGGCUACCGGUACAUGAGGCUUGAUGGAUCGACAAAGAUUGAAGAUCGACAACUCCUCACUGAGAAAUUCAACCGUGAUGCCAAGAUUCCCGUGUUCAUUUUGUCCACUAGGUCCGGUGGUCUCGGCAUCAACUUGACCGGUGCAGACACAGUCAUCUUUUACGAUUCAGAUUGGAACCCAGCAAUGGACAAGCAGUGUCAGGACCGUUGUCACAGAAUCGGUCAGGUGCGCGAUGUCCACAUUUACCGAUUUGUUUCCGAGUACACCAUCGAGUCGAACAUUAUCAAAAAGGCCAAUCAAAAGCGCCAAUUGGAUAAUGUCGUUAUUCAAGAAGGUGAGUUCACCACUGACUAUUUCGGUAAAUUUUCCGUGCGCGAUUUGGUCAACGAUCCGCUCUCUGACGUCACUCGGGAUAUCACAAACAGAACCAUUGAUUUUUCGGGCGAUGCCAAGAUGGGUUCUGCGUUGGCCCAGGCGGAAGACGAGGAAGACCGAGCUGCCACUGGAGCGGCACUCAAGGAAGUUGCCGUUGACGACGAGGAUUUCACCGAAGACGGCAAGGCCAAGGGCAAUUUCGAAGCUGCUGCUGCUCUUGCAUCAACGGGAGAGGAGGACGAAGCUGCUGACUUGGACUACGAAGAAGGGAUUGGCCACAUUGAUGAGUACAUGUUGCGCUUCAUUGCCGACGGGUAUUAUUGA